AUGUGGAUAGGCCGAAUCGGAAAGAAAUCAGCUGCCUUCAUCAACCACAAGCCUUUCCACCCUGGGAACUAUCAAAAUCAAGAAAAGGUUUGGCUAGCUGAACAGAAGCAGAAAGAGGAGCAAAAGAAGGAGAAGGAACUCGAGGAACGACGGCGGGAAGAAGUCAAGAUUGAAGAGUUACGAAGGGCGUUACGGGGAGAAGCCAAGGCGGCGCUGCAGCUGCAGAAUAAGGAAGGAGAGGUAAUUUCGCCUGCGGAAGAACUGCAGCAGAAAGCCCGGGAAGCAGCAAGGCAACAGGCGCUACAGAGGAAGCAACAAGAGGCGCACCAGAGGUUGAAGCAGCCUGCAAAAAGUAGCUUAUACAGCGAGGAUGUCUUUAUUUUAGGCCAUACAUCUGUCUUUGGCUCUUACUACUCACGAGGAGAGCAGAAAUGGGGGUUCAGCUGCUGCAAGUGUCUAGAGCGGUCAGCGCGUUGCCCCCUAAAUCAAGCAGAAGAGCAAAGGAUUAACAAGAGGAAGCAUAGAAACGGCUGCCAGGUGCAGCCUGCAGAUGCUGUUACAAGAGCUUGCUCGUCUCCUAAGCAGGAAGAAAAGGACAGGAUAGAUGAAGCGAGGGACGGAAUACUUACCGACACGGCGACAUCGUCGCCGUCGAAUAACGGGGAGGCUGGCAGCAACUUCCAUGCUACAGGAAUGAAAAAGCGGGCCAGAGAAGGGGGAGUGGCCGCGUACUUAAAACUCAUGGAAACGACUGACGACGGAGAUUAA